UCAAUUUAGGGCAGAAAGCAGCCGUUUAACGUCCCUGCUGGGGCUUAGCGCAAAUUCUGCCUCGUCGCAGCUGAACUGAGCAGCAUUUGAGCGUUUUACCGGGAGCUGAACUGUGGAAACAGUAUAAUAUGAUGUAGCUCUUUUGCUGCGGUCUGUUUAUCAGGUGUGACAGACGAAGCCGAGUCUCUGGGGGAGACCCCCUGUUUGAUUUAUCCCUGAGCUCAAGACCUUCAAACUGGCUGAAAUGGAUGAACAAAGUGUUGAGAGCAUCGCCGAGGUGUUUCGCUGCUUCAUCUGCAUGGAGAAACUGAGGGAUGCUCGUCUCUGCCCACAUUGCUCCAAACUCUGCUGCUUCAGCUGCAUACGACGAUGGUUGACAGAGCAGAGAGCCCAGUGUCCACACUGUCGAGCUCCGCUUCAGCUAAGGGAGCUGGUCAACUGUCGCUGGGCAGAAGAGGUCACCCAGCAGCUGGAUACCCUGCAGCUCUGCAGCCUCACCAAGCAUGAGGACAACGACAAGGACAAAUGUGAGAACCACCAUGAGAAGCUGAGUGUUUUCUGUUGGACCUGCAAAAAAUGCAUCUGCCACCAGUGUGCUCUGUGGGGAGGCAUGCAUGGAGGCCACACCUUCAAGCCUCUGGUGGAGAUUUACGAGCAGCACGUGACCAAGGUGAAGGAGGAGGUUGCCAAGCUGCGCCGCCGCCUCAUGGAGCUCAUCAGUCUGGUGCAAGAAGUGGAGAGGAACGUUGAGGCCGUCAGGGGAGCGAAGGAUGAGAGAGUCAGAGAGAUCCGAAAUGCUGUGGAAAUGAUGAUCGCUCGUCUGGACAACCAGCUCAAGAACAAACUCAUCACUCUCAUGGGCCAGAAGACGUCCUUGACCCAGGAGACGGAGCUGCUGGAGUCUCUGCUGCAGGAGGUGGAGCAUCAGCUUCACUCGUGCAGUAAAAGUGAACUGAUCUCUAAGAGCCCAGAGAUCCUGCUCAUGUUCCAGCAGGUCCACCGGAAACCCAUGCAGUCCUUCGUCACCACGCCGGUACCUCCAGACUUCACCAGUGAGCUGGUUCCUGCCUACGACUCCAGCACUUUUGUUCUAGUCAACUUCAGUACAUUAAGACAGCGAGCUGACCCAGUCUACAGCCCUCCUCUACAGAUAUCUGGCCUCUGCUGGAGACUCAAAGUCUAUCCAGAUGGUAAUGGUGUUGUCCGUGGAAACUAUCUGUCUGUGUUCCUGGAACUGUCUGCUGGACUUCCUGAAACAUCAAAGUAUGAGUACCGUGUGGAGAUGGUCCAUCAGGCCUCCAGUGACCCAACCAAGAACAUCAUUAGAGAGUUUGCGUCUGACUUUGAGGUUGGUGAGUGUUGGGGCUACAACCGCUUCUUCAGACUGGACCUUCUGGCCAGCGAGGGCUACCUGAACAUGCAGACGGACACACUGGUCCUCCGCUACCAGGUUCGCUCACCUACCUUCUUCCAGAAGUGCAGAGAUCAGUACUGGUACAUCAGCCAGCUGGAGUCGGCCCAGAGCGGCUACAUCCAGCAGAUCAACAACCUCAAAGAGAGGUUGGCCAUUGAGCUGUUCCGCCGUCAGACGUCUCGCAGCUCCUCGCCCCCCGACCUGAGGCUCGCUACCGGAACCACAACCUCUGAAAGAGACCCUCGCUCAGUGAAGAGUGACGACGACCUCCAGACCACUUUAAACAACACGAAGAAAGGCGACGAAGAAGAGAGGACCCAGCACGAUGACUCUAAUGAGCUAUCAGACGGUGACUUGGAGGUUGACUGUCUGACGGAGGAGGAGGUGAACCCGCUGGAUGGCAGCAGCACUUCAGGAAGCUCCACAGCCACCAGCAAUACUGAAGAGAAUGACAUUGAUGAGGAGACCAUGUCAGGGGAGAACGAUGUAGACUUCAUUGGGAACCUGGAGACAGAAGAAGGAGAGCUUCCUGAUGACUUGGCUGGAGCUACAGGUGGAUCCAGCUCCGGUGUGCGUUCAUUACACCGCAGUGCUGCUGCUGGCCGUAGUGCCGGUAGCAGUGGAGCUGCUGGUGGUGGUGCCGUUGGGCCCGGCACCAACAGCCUUCUGGAGAUUGACCCGGUCUUCCUGAUCCAGCUGCUGGAUUUGAAGGAGCGCAGCAGCGUUGAGUCUCUGUGGGGGCUUCAGCCUCGGCCUCCAGUAUCUCUGCUGCACAGCCAAGCACAUCCUCAUUCAAGGAAAGACCGAGAGCGUCGGCCUCAGGUGGUGCGACGAUCAGCUCCGGACUCGGGGGUCCUGAUCCGCCUCAAGGCUCAGAUGGCCGAAGUCCGCAGCAAGAUGUCCGAUGUCAAGAGUCAAGUGCUGGAGGCUCGGGGGUCUGGAGAUCCCAGGCCCGGCCCAUCUGGAGCCUUCGGGGUGGAGGAUCUCCCAUCACAUCACGGUGAUUCAGAGUUGUCAGUUUGCCGUAAACCCGGUGAGCUGGACCUGGUGGAGAGAGCAGCUGCAGCUCGGUCCAGGCCCUGCCGCCCAGCCAGGAAAUCUCUGUCCCCAGUCCUGGACAGCAGCGGCUCUCUGGUUGUGAAGAGGAGGAGUUCAGAGGAGAUGGAAAAAGACCAGAGAGGAGCAGAAGCUGCUGCAAAGCUCAGCCUGCAUCCUAAAGAUGGGAUGGGUGGAGCAGAGGGCAUACUGAAGUUUGACGGCAUCCAGGGCCCCCUCGUGUCUCUCGGCAGCUCCUCAUCAGAGCAGGCUUCCACCUCCAAGCAGCAGCACUCGGUGGAGCAGCAGCUUUACGGGGCCUCGGGCUCCAGGGACGACAUCUUCUCCUUGGGAGGACAGAGCUAUAUGACUGCCAGCAAGAGCUGUGGCAGCAGGGCCCUGGGGGCAGCCAUGUUGGACUGUGAAUCUGAAAGCUCAGGAAACUCCCAUCAGUCCUUGCUUGAGGGUCCCUCUGCGCCGCAACAGUCAAAUGAAGAUCAGUCGCCGUGUGUUCUGGUGACGGCAACAAGCAGCGACAGCGACACUGAGGAUGAAGCCCUGCAGAGCAACAACUCUCGCUACGACAACCACACUCCUCCCUGCACAGGAGAGCAACUUCUGUCUGAUGACAUGAGCCUGCCUGCUGACAGGUGAUUCCCUCUGAGCCUUUCAGACCGAUGCUUUAUCCUCAAAGGCCACACAGCGAUGCAAUAAUGGCCGGAGACAACACAUGUGCUAGUUACGCAGAUCUGUAGAGUAGACACUGCUUGUUAUGCAUGAGCUCGAAAUGAAGACACUGCAACACCCUGCCUGUUUGCCUGGAAACUGACAUGUUUCUUUGGUGUUCUGAAUAUUUUCAGAAUUGAACAAUGACAGAAAUAAUGGUAAAGACGGCCAGUUCUUACCUGUCGAGGUAAUCGAAUAAUAAUAAUAAGAUUGUGUACAUACAGUGAAACUGCCCGUUUAAGAGAACCGUCACAGUUUUUGCUAAAAAUUGACUUGUGAUGAUUCUUGGUUGCAUUAUUUCAUGGUCAGUUCAGUUAAUACUUCAGAGAAAAAAACAACUGCCACAGCUUUGAAAACGUUUAAGGCAUAAAAACUAUUCACAUUUCUUAACCCGGACUACGGGGUGUUUAGUCACUUUAAUGAAAUUUCACCACAAAUCUGUUGACGUGUCUGUUUAACAAAGCUUUUGUAAGUCUGACCAGUCUAUACCAUAUUUGUGUACAUAAUCUGUAUCCUGUCGAUAAGAGUUUAGUGUUUUAUAACAGUGUCCUGCCAAUGUUUAGUUCAGUCGAUCUGGGCUUGAGGCUCGACACCUACUCGACAUCCUUCACCUGUGCCCUGAAUGCUGAGAAGUCUUUAUUCCCCACUCAAACACACACUUUCAGUGACACUGCAACUUGUCGGCAGUGUGUGUUUUUUUCUGAGGUGAACCAUCAGUUUUUCUGGUAAUUUAUGCAAAUGUCUUCUGUCUUAAUAACAGUCGCAGCAGGAUGUCUGUCUUUAUUUGACAUUUGAAAAGGCUAAAUGAUCACUGAAUCACUUAGAUUAUAAAACUGCUGCUGGACUGUGGGAAUAUCUGUGGGCUGAAACUUUGAAACAUGCUGUGGACUUCAGAAUAUUGCCCGAGCAGGAUUUUACUUUAACAUCUGCUAUCACUUCACUGAAAAUACACGUGCAACACGUUUCACCCACAGAAAGCUGCUGCACUACACUUUAUAUCCUGCAUAACUAAAAAUUCACCCAAUGUUACUCAUGUAAAGGAAUAGCUUGACUGGUGCCUCUCUCAUUUCUGUUUAGGUAUUAUAAAAAAUAAGCCUUCACAUGGUUAGCUUAGCUCAGCUUAAAGACUGGAAAUGGGGAAACAGCAGCAACAGAACACACAACUGCUCCUCUUUCUUUGACAUAGAGGCAGACUUUCAGUGCUGAAACAAACCGUACUGCUCUGUAAAGAUGGAAACGUUCAGAUAAGAAGUCGCAGCAGCAAACACAAAAACACCUGCAAUAGGCCUUUUUUCAUUCUUUUUUACAAUGACAGUAAAUCUUAAACUAAAACGUAUUUAUUAGUAACACCUCUGUGUUUGUGUCUACUGUGAGAAGUUUCUGUACCUGGACUGAAUUUGUCGCUCCAACACCAAAGCAGAUCUUUCUUUUUGAGGGGUCAGUUCAUCCAAAUUUUUACAAAACUUUACUUCCCUGAUUUGUGCCUCCACAAGGAUAUGAUGGAGGCGACUGUACGGCUGCUACUAAUUUAUUAUUGAUUUAUGUGCUGAUUAUUUUCUCUGCAAAUCCUUUGAAAAAAGAAGAAAGUAGAAUUACCAUCAUACCUUGGAUUAGAACUCUGAUAUGCAAAAAACCCCUAUCACAUUUGGAUUAAUUUGACAGAUAUUGCAAUAUGAGACAUGAUUUUAACGGGAAUGUUAUGUUUGCAUUUCUUUUCAACUUAAGUUAAUCUAUAAGUUAUAUGAUUUUUGCUGCAUGUUCCCUUCCGUCUGGACAAUAUGACUGCAGGCUGGAGCACCACAAUGCUUCAUUUAUAAUCAUAUGUCGUGACACAUUUUACUUUCAUCAAAAAAUUCCAGCUUCUGUGAUUUGAACAUGCAUUAGUCCACAUUUUGAUUGCAUAAUACUUUGAUUAAUAGUUCAACUCCACCCCGGAUGCAUCCUUUUAUUUGACCAACUCAAAAAUGUAGAUAUUCAUUCACAUUAACUUCCCUCGAAAAGCAAGAAAGCUUGAAAAUAAUCAUUGUUUUGCUAUUUAAAAAAGAAACCAAAGAUUAGAUACCAAUUACUUGUUUGUUGCUGAAUAAAUAUUCAUGAAAUGGUCAUUGCAAUUCUGGGUAAAUGGAAAUUAGUUUUUGCAGCUCUGAAAAAUGACAGUUGCUGUAGAUAAUCCACAGAACGCUGUCAGCAGUUUCGACUGGGGAUAUGUGGAACUGUAUUGAUACAAAGUGUUUUCAAUGAAAACUGUGGACAGAUUGCUCUGAGGAUUACCCUGAAUAAUGAUUCAUUCGGACAAAAACAACAAAAAGUCUCUGCAGAGAGGAAAUGUGCUGAUAAUUUGGGUGAACUGACCCUUUAAGUUGUUCUGCAUUCAAGGUCAUUUUUUAAAUUCUCAGAGAACCUGACAGCAAAGCUUAAUAAAACUAAUUAUGUAACGUGUUCUCUGCUGCACGGCUGGCUUUUCUUGAUGGAUUUAUUAUUUCUCACCUCAGUGCUCCCAACAAACAGAGCAAACGCAAGUCAGAGCUGCUGCAACACUUGGUACAUUGCUGGGAGGAAACAUACAUGUUUGGAAGUGGAGCAGUUUGUCAAACCUCUCUGCACUUUGUAAGACUGCUGAUUGACUCUUUCCUCUUCCUCGAGCCAUACCGUACUUUGACAGACACUUAAUCUUAACAUGUUGUCUACAGUCAUUAGUUUACACUGUACAUAUGUUGGCGUAUAAACUUGCUGUGCGGCUUGCUGUACAUGUGCCUGAAAGUGCAUGGCUUUAUUGGCUGAUCCGAAGGAGGACAGACGUCUUGUUCUCAACAAGACUGUCCGCUAGAAGUUGUUGUUUAAAAUAAUAUUCACCUCCACGAGUCCAGUGCAGCUGAUGGUGUGCUUUCUCUGCUCUGUUACUGUUACCGUACAUGCCUGAGGCGUGGGAAACGGCAGCCAAGCUCUCACUGGUUAUUAACCUUUCAUCUUAUGUGUGCUUGUGUCAAAAGCUGCUUUUCUUUUGAAUGUUCCCAGAAUGCACUGGGUGUUAUUUGAUGUGUAUAUUUCCAAUUUGUGUAAUAAAUAAAAUGUUUUACGAUAUUGGAACGGAGCACA